AUGGCCAAGCGCCAUGGCCCGAACUGCAUGUCUUGGCAACUGGGUGAGUGCCGACUGACUGCAGGUGAGCUCAACAUCCUCCUUGUUGGCGGGAAGCUCGGCCAAGCAGCACUGUACAGGGCUAUACCUGUGCAAACUGAAACGAAGAUGCGUCGCGAGGCCAAUAUGCCGUACGUGCAGGUGAUACCGGAGGCUUUGGAGAUGGCGAACCAGGGGCAUCCGACAGAGUACAUUAUGUUGGAACGGCGCUUCGGCGCGCUGGCGCACUGCGCCGACGUGCAGGAGUUUCUCGCGCAUCGCCGCGGCGAUCCCAUUGAAGAGCGCACGCGGCGCAUCGACGCCCGCUACGAAGAAGAACUGGGGCUGGGACUCCUGUGGCAGGGGGCAGACUCACUGCUGCAUUGCCGCGUCGCGAAAGGAGAAGCUGACACCACGAUUGCCGAGCACAUCGGCACGCAUCCGAAGGCGCAGCCAGGUGAGCGCCGCGUCCUGGCCGCCGUAAGGGCCACCGAUAUGGCGACAUUUACGCUCGCCAAGGAUGCCGAUCUCAGCAACACCGGCCGGCGACGAUCACCCCCGCCGGAGCUGCUACAAAAGGCCCGCAAGUUCACCAAGUGGGCGAAGGAGCGGCUCAUCCUGGCGGUCGCCGACGUGGACGUCGUCCAGCAUGUCGUUCGCCACUCAGCAUACGAAUCACAACUGUGUAAGAUCGAUGUAGUCUCUCGCCAUUUACAUGCCUGUCAGGAGAUCGUGAUAAACGAGCUCGACAAGAAGUGGGUAAUACUUCUUUUAGGGGUUCGGGUUUAG